AUGACACCAAACAAUAAUGUUCCAAUGCACCAUUCGAUGAUGCCUCCGAACGAAGAAAUGAACAAAUAUGCGCAUUUGUUGCAAGUAAUUGAAGAGAUGGGUCGUGAUAUCAAGCCGACAUAUGCAAACAAUAAAAAUGCAGCCGAACGACUGAAGAAAAAUAUCCAUACCGCUCGUAUCCUGGUUCGCGAAUGCGUUUCCGAAUUGGAACGUGUAAUGAAGUCAUGA